AUGUUCGCUGCUAAAUCUAGUAGCCCGCAGAUCACAAAGUAUCGCGUGAUAGCCGCCAAUAAUCAUGGAGACCAACUUGCGGCUGACAUCAAGUCUGGGGAAGAUGCGGAGAACCGGGACCAAUCAGAGUUGGGCGAGCCGGGUAUUGACUGUUUGGGGUCAAUAGGUAUAUUCGCUUACUGGUGGGAUGCCUUAAUUAACCUGUUGGGCACUACACUCCGGACUUAUCCUUGUGUUCUUGUAUCAAGCAGUCACUUGAGCUGGCAUGUGUUGGUCUUCUGGAAGCGUGGAUGA